CAUCCACAGCCUCCUCUUAAACGCUACUAACACACGGGGCUCACUUAUCUAUCAGACACAGGACAGCUGAAGGGUGAAUCCACCACAGGCGAACAGGCCCUCAACCCAAACUAACAUGUCCAGUAAAGCCGCUGUCAUCUUCACUCCUACCUGCUGAACUAUAAUGCCCGCGCGCGCUCUCCUCCAAUUCACACAAGCGAGCGAUUCUGAGCAACUUUUCCGCGGCUUAAAAUGACGACUAAAACUGUGGAUAAAGUGGCCGAGUCGCUCAGCGAGUUCCUGCGCUCCAUCCCGGUGUAUCCCAUGGAUGAGAUCCCCUCACCAUUACCCAGCGGCUUUGCUAAUGUAGACGCGGGAAACGGCUCUGAGUUCAGUGAGGCGGCGGGAGGUGGCCUGAGCGCUGACAGCUUCUCCGAACCUCAGAACUCGCCUCUUUCCUACACAGGCAAAAUAUCUAUUGACUCUCAGUUCGCGCAGGGCAGCUGGACACAGGAAGGUCUGAUCAGCCUGGUCUGUGCGGAGGUAGAAGGCAAGACCACCCUCCCCGCGCUCUCCUCCGCCUCGCCAGCACCCACUGACCUUACCGGGGCUGCAGGGCUCUCUGAAGGGCCCGGAAAAGCCCCCUCCUCCGCAAUGGAGCACAUGUACACGCCGCCCCCUCCCUACACCUGUAGCGCUGAUGUCUAUCAGGAUCCCUCCGCGUACUCCUCCGCCACUUCGUGCGCUGUAACGCACCCGUGCGCCAUGUCCUACUCCUCCUCGCCGAAGCCCACGGUGGACGGCGCGCUUUUCUCCAUCCUGCCGGACUACGGGGGGUUUUAUCAGAGCAGCAGUGGGCCACGGGACGUCCCGCCUAUUCUCCAGGACCGAAAGCCCUUCUCGUGCUCGCUGGAGUCCGUCCGAGUGCCCCCGCCGCCCCUCACGCCCCUCAACACGAUACGCAACUUCACGCUCGCGGAGGGUCCGCGUGCGCCCGCGCGCCUCCUCCUCCCUCCUCCGCCACCCCUUGCGCACGCCGCCCCGCUGCGCCCUAUCGCGCGCCCCCGCAGGUACCCGCCGCGCGCGUGCAAGACGCCAGUGCACGAGCGGCCGUACCCAUGCCCGGCCGAAGGCUGCGACCGCCGCUUUUCGCGCUCCGACGAGCUGGCGCGCCACGUGCGCGUGCACACGGGCCACAAGCCCUUUCAGUGCCGCAUCUGCAUGCGCAGCUUCGGCCGCAGCGAUCACCUCACCACGCACAUCCGCACGCACACGGGCGAGAAGCCGUUCGCGUGCGACCUGUGUGGACGGAAGUUCGCCAGGAGCGACGAGCGCAGACGCCACGCGAGGAUCCACCAGAGACAGAGCGAGAGGCGCAGCGCGCGAGCCAACAACAGCAGCAGCAGCAGGAGCAGCAGCAGCAGCCGCCCGCUGAGGGCGCGAGGUGAAGGAGCAGUUGUUGCUGGACACAUAUGGCACGAGCCUCCGUUAUUAUCAGCAAGGGACAGCACUGCGCUGAGCCCUGAAGGCAGCUUGAACGUGAGCUCGGCGUGUGAGCGUGUUUUUUUAUUGUAAGCCCGGACCAGUGGGUCACAGUCCUGAUGCUGGAGGAUCCUCUGCUGCACACGCUGGAGUUUACUCUGCGCUAACACAACUGAUCCAAGCAUUCAGCUGAGUAACAGGUCCUUCAGGUGUGUUGCUGCAGGGAAAACUUUCCGAUGUGCAGGACAGGGGUCCUCCAGAACCAGGAUUCACUCAAAAAAUGAAACAAGAGCUUUGUUUGACUGCAGUAUGUCAAAAUUCAUUUUCAACAGCAAUAUGGUUUCAUCUAGAGCACGUGUGUCAAGCUCCAGGGCUUGCGGGCCAAAAGACUGCAGACUUCAGCACACUGCCUCAUUAAACACACCUAAUUCAGCUCAUCAGCUAAUUAGCAAGGCCUUCAUGAACUGAAUUCAGAGCGUUAGAUGAAGGUAAACGCUGAUCUCCACAUCACUUUGGCCCAGAAGGUCCCCUGUUUGACAUGCCUGUAAUAGGGCCUGACCAAUAGGAAAGUUUUGACUGAUAUUGAUAUCGAUUUAUCAGUUUAAAAAUUCCGAUAACUCAUGAUAACAGCCAAUAUAAUCUAAUACUUUUAGUUAAGCCUAUUAUACCCAGUAUCUCCUUGACGAUGCAUUCAAAGACUCUGGCAAUGUCAUUAAAAUCUGCUUAGUUACGUCUUACCAGAGUAGUUACGACACGCAUGUGAAAUUGGAGCUUUCUGUGUGCUGCCUUGUUCUGUUACUAUAUAAAAUUAGCAAGGAUGCACUGUAAAAGUUUGUGAGACAUUUAGAUUAGAGAUUAUUUAUUCGUUUAAUCAGAGUAACAAAAAUGGAGACUGAAGUAUUGAGUAUGUUUUCAGCUGUUCAUAUUCUUUACACAUCCAACUAAACAGCUUUGAGAAAUCAAGUUAUUAGAGGAAUAAAAAGCAGAUUAAAAUACAGAAACACUGUUUUUUAACACUAUAAAAUAAGCCACUAAAUAUCAGUGGCCUAUCAGCGAGAUUUGUGCUGUUAUACUGAUAAAUCACCAGGACAUCAAUUUUAUCAGUCAGCUGAUACAUCAGCCGGGCCCUAGUUUCAACUGCAUUUUAAACCCAUAUAUGCUGACUUUAUUUGAAUGAAAAAGUGAUGCAUAAUUAAAUUUUGGUUAACGGUUUCUUUUUCUGAGUGUUGAGAAGCAUUGGUCUGGAUUCAAGCUUUGUCUAUUCUUGUUCUUGUAACUAAACUGUCUGAAAAGUCUACUGUUUAAACAUUUAGCGCUGCUAACGCCCAUGAUCGUUCUCAGAUAUGGACAGAGCACUGCAAGAAACAGAUAUUCAUCCUAUUCUUUAUCUGCUCAAUGUCAUCUGAAUCGCCAGUGUGAUGCUUGCUCUUACUUUUUUGGGAACUGGGCCUUUGUUCAGAACUUUGAUUUGUUCCUAUAGUGUGUCCUUCUAACAUUUGUUCUGUACACAAAAGACCUGUGGCAAGAUCUGUUACAAGAUGUGAACCUGCAGCUAAUUUACUUGUGUUGUAAACGGACAAAUAAACACAGACUGGAUUCUUUACAGAA